AUGCCCCAGUCUGAACUCAAGACGGCAAAGGGUGCUCGCGACUGGGUUGGCCGUGACCUUCUAUUGCGCGACCACAUUUUCCAGACAAUCAGCGACGUUUUCAAGCGUCACGGCGGCAUUCCCUUGGACACGCCCGUCUUCGAGCUCCGCGAGGUCCUGGCUGGGAAGUACGGCGAGGAUGCCCGACUCAUCUACAAUGUAGAAGAUCAGGAGGGGAACUUUUAUCGUUGCGCUAUGACUUGA